UUGUUUGGAAGCGCAUUCUCUCUUUUUUUUUUUAACUCUUUUAUUCGUUUUUCCAAUGUCAACUUCCAAACGAAAGGCAGAAUAUGAAAUCCCCAUUGUCGACAAAAAUGAUAUUUUGAAAUUAACACCACUUGGUGCUGGAAAUGAAGUUGGGCGAUCUUCCCUCUUACUUGAAUACAAAGGCAAAACUAUUUUGCUUGAUGCUGGUAUUCAUCCUGCCUACAAUGGUCUUGCUUCUCUUCCGUUCUUUGAUGAAAUUGAUCCUGAAAGCAUUGAUGUUUUACUUGUCACUCAUUUUCACGUUGAUCAUGCAGCUUCAGUUCCAUAUUUGAUGGAAAGGACUUCAUUCAAAGGAAGAGUAUUUAUGACACAUCCUACAAAGGCUAUCUACAAAUGGUUACUUAGCGAUUACUUAAGAGUCAGUAAUAUUGGUGACGAAGAUCAACUAUAUAACGAAGAAGACCUUACCAACUCCUUUCAUCGAAUUGAAGCAGUGGAUUAUCAUCAACAAGUGGAAGUGGAAGGAAUCAAAUUUACGGGAUACAAUGCUGGCCAUGUAUUAGGUGCUGCUAUGUUUCUAAUAGAAAUUGCUGGUGUCAAGGUUCUUUAUACUGGUGAUUACUCUCGUGAAGAAGAUCGACAUUUAAUGGCUGCUGAAAAACCUGAUGCUGCGGUAGAUGUUUUGAUUACUGAAAGUACUUAUGGUGUUCAAAGUCAUGAACCACGUCUUACAAAGGAAACUCGAUUUACAUCAUUGGUACACGAUAUUGUAGAACGUGGUGGACGAUGUCUUAUGCCUGUAUUUGCACUUGGUCGUGCUCAAGAAAUCCUAUUGAUUCUAGAUGAAUAUUGGGAAGCUCAUCCUGAACUUGAUAGUAUUCCUAUUUAUUACGCUUCCAGUUUAGCAAAGAAAUGUAUGGCGGUAUAUCAAACUUAUAUCAAUAUGAUGAAUGCCAAGAUUCGAAAACAAUUUACCAUCUCCAAUCCAUUUGUAUUCAAACAUAUCAGUAAUUUACGGAAUGUGGAACAAUUUGAAGAUUCAGGACCUUGUGUUAUGAUGGCAAGUCCAGGCAUGUUACAGAAUGGUUUAUCACGAGAGCUUUUUGAACGAUGGGCUCCUGACAAGAAAAAUGGUCUAGUGAUCACUGGAUAUUGUGUUGAAAAUACUUUGGCUAGACAAGCAAUGAACGAACCUGAUGAUUUUACUGCAAUGGAUGGACGUAAACUUCCUCUCAAAAUGUCUGUGGAUUAUAUCUCUUUUUCAGCUCAUGUUGAUUUUACACAAAAUGCCAAAUUCAUCGAUGAUGUGAAAGCACCUCAUGUUAUCCUUGUUCAUGGUGAAGCAAAUGCAAUGUAUAGAUUGAAAUCAGCACUUCAAAGUAAAUAUUCGGAACGUGAAGAAAACAUCAAGAUUUAUACACCAAAGAACUGUGAAACAGUGAAACUUCAUUUCCGUGGUGAAAAGAUGGCGAAAACAAUUGGUAGUCUGGCAGCCAAGUAUCCAACAGAAAAUCAACGUUUAGAUGGAGUGAUUAUAUCGAAGGAUUAUCAGCUCAGCAUCAUGUCAGUGGAGGAUAUGACGGAACUCAGUGGAUUAAUGACAACAGUGGUGACUCAACGACAAAUAGUUCCUUUCAAUGCAGGCAUUGGACUUCUCAAGUGGCAUUUAGAAAUGAUGUUUGGUACUAUCCAGGAAGAAGAUUUGGCAAAGCGGGAUAAUUCUGGAAAUCAACAAGGCACAGUUUUACGUAUUAUGGACAUUAUUGAUAUCAAGCAAUUGACUGACAAACCAAACCAAGUGACUUUAGAAUGGGUUGGAGAUGCAAUGAAUGAUAUGGUGGCUGAUUCUGUAUUAGCUGUUAUACUCUCUGUUGAUAGUUCUCCUGCCAGUGUUAAAGCAAGUAGUCAACCAUGCAAGCACAAUCAUACAGAAAGCGAUCAUUCACGUAUUCAAGAGGAAAUUGACCUUGAAUAUGAAGAUAUAGUUUUAUUCUUGGAAGAACAAUUUGGAGAUGUAGUUGGCGAUUUCAAUGAUAAGAAAGCAACCAUUAAAAUGGAUGGAUCAACAGCUAUAGUCGAUUGUAUCAAAUAUGUAAGUAUCCAUUAUAAUGAACAUUAUUAUAUCGCUCAUACUCUUUUUUAAUAUCAUAGACUGUAGAAUCCGAAGAUGCUGAUUUCCAAAAGCGAGUAGCCCAAGUUUUACAACGUGUUAAAAAUACCAUCAAACCUCUUUCUUUGAAUUGAUCAUCAUAGUCUAGUUAUGUAUAUAUAUAUAUGUCCUUCUUGCAUUUGUGAAAUAAAAAAGACAUUCAUCUUUUUUUAAAACUCAAUUUUUGCC